AUGACACUUUCGAUCAUUGCGACAAGUGCGGUCGGGCAAAGUCUCGAAGAAAUACCAGAUGCCGAAAGGAUCGUCUCAAAUGGAUUCAAUGAAGUAUUAGAUGCUAUCGACUAUCGUACGGUAAGCAUGAUUAAUUUAAUUCCAUUAGUAAACAAGUUACUAUUCUGGCGCAAAGUCAUUGCUAAUCGACAACGAGAGAAAUCUGAAAGCCUGUCUUCAAACAUUGACCUUCUAGAUCUUCUUCUAUCAGCGUCGGAUGAUGAUGGGCAAGAGCUUUCAAAUAAUGAAAUAAAAGAUGAAGCACUUACGUUUAUCCUCGCUGGUCAUGAAACAACAGCGAAAGCAUGCCGAAAAGAAGUCGCCUGUGUCGUACCAGAUGGUCAAAAGCUUACAUCUGAAAAUAUAAACGAACUGAACGUAAUUGGUGCCGUACUGAACGAAACUCUGCGUCUGAUUCCACCUGCUCCAUGCAUUACUCGAGAAUGUGCUAAUGAGCAUAUUAUCGGACAAGGUAGCCAAAACGAAGUACGAAUGCCAAAAUGA